UUCUCGAUUUGUUUACGAUUUUUCUCCACGAAAUGAAGCCGUUCGAAGUGCCGCCCUGGGAGGCAGGAGCUGAAAUAAUUGAAUUUAAGCCAGUGAAUCCACCGGGAAAUGGAGUUGCUGCCGCUAAGAAGCAAAAGAAAAAGAAACCCAAGAAGAAAAAGUUAGCAGUGGCCGCAGAAACUCCCAAAGUGAGCAAGGUAUCUGGAAAAUUUAGUUACCGACAAGGCGGAGGACCACUGGCGCCGCCUGCUGACUCCUCGGAUGAUGAUGAUGACGAUGUAGAGGAUGGCAUCCGGGCCAUGCACAAGGUGAAAUCCGGGAGAAUCGAGAAGCAGCGACCACCAACUCAGGCCACAAAGGGAGGCAAAAAGGAAUUAAAACUGAACCCUGAACUGGCACAGGCGGCAGUCGAGGCCAUGGAGACCACCAGCUCAGCCCCUCCAACUGCAAACUCUUUGGCCAGUAAGCUGCAAUCGGAACUCUUGGGCGGACGUUUCCGGUACAUAAACGAGCAGCUCUACUCGGUGCCCAGUCGCAAGGCGGAGGCGCUGUUCCGAAAAGAUAACUCCGCCUUCGAGGCCUACCAUGCUGGCUACCGUCAGCAGGUGGAGAAGUGGCCUACAAAUCCACUCAAUCGCAUCAUUAAGACUAUCAAAAUACCCAAAACCGCCAUAAUUGGGGAUUUUGGCUGUGGUGAGGGCAAACUGGCCCAGUCCGUGCCCAACAAGGUGUAUUCCAUGGAUUUGGUGGCUGCUCGCAGUGACAUCAUUGCUUGCAACAUCACGGAUACCCCACUUCAAGCUCAAUCUCUGGAUGUGGCUGUUUACUGCCUCUCUCUAAUGGGUACUGAUCUGAACGCGUUCUUCCUGGAGGCCAAUAGAGUGCUUAAGCUGCACGGCAAUGUCUAUAUAGCGGAGAUCCAAUCGCGAUUCGAGGAUGUGCGCGAGUUUGUGCGCUGCCUGAGUGCCUGCGGAUUCGAUCUGAUCAAGAAGGAUGUGGCUGUGAACUAUUUCUAUUUCUUCCACUUCAAGAAGAUGCGUCAUGUGCCCAAGAACACCAAGCUGAAAGAUUUCUCCCUGAAACCUUGUCUGUAUCGCAAACGUUAGAAUGCUGGAGACAAUGUCCUGUAUAUCUUUCCUCGCUGUUAGAAACUCUUUAAUUUGACAAUCAAUUUUAGUUUUAACUAUGCUAAGUAUGUUAAAUCAGAUUCGCAGAACUUUAAUUUGGAAGACACAUGCUAAACUUAAUGAUACCUAUUUUUGUACAUUAACAUUAAUGUAGGAAAAACCACCACGAUAAACUUUGAAAUUUAACGAAAAUGUGUUCAUAUCUUAAUAAUAAAAUUAUUGAUGGCAAAUUUUAAAAAA